AUGUCUUCUCCUGUCGAUCUUCGCAAUCCCGGACGCAAGCUCCAUGUCGGUGUCAUCCUACUAAACUCAGUCACUGAGUACUUGGAUAUUGGUCCUGUCGACUUCCUGGCAGGUGUAAGCCGCGAAUGCACCAAAGACAUGGAAGGACCCUUCCUUGCCGCGGAGUUCAAGGCUCAGGCUCUGGAUAUCCAGUUCCAUUGGGUAACUGAAACGGGCGAUGCUUCCGGUCGCAUGACCGGUGGCUUGAGGGGACCUAACGUGAGCAAUUUCCAGGAUUCAUUCGUCUCUUGUCCUCCCCUGGAUAUCGUGAUCCAAGGCGCUACCAUUGGUGGCUACAAGGUCUCAGAGACAGAAAAGGCGUUCCUGCGGGAAAACAGCGACUGCCCCCCGCCUGUUCUACCGCUACUUACCCAGACGGCUCCGGGAGUGAACUGGGUUGAUAAGCGCUGGGCUCAAGGGGGAAAGAUCUGGACAACUGGGACGUUGCUGUGCGGGCUAGAUAUGGUUGUGGCCUUUGCCAGGCAGACUUGGGGCGGCGAAGGUUCUCUGGUCGAGAGAGUUAUUGAGAUGGGUGAAUGGCCUCAGCGGGGUGUGGAGUACGAGAAAUAG